CUUUCCCGCACUCGACGUCUCUAUACCCCGAACACACCGAGACGCAAUGGCGCUUCUUACCGAGAAGGCGCUCGUCAACUACGAGGAGCAGGAAGGUGGGUAAACACGGGCGCAAAACACGGAGGGCCCCUGCUAAGCAACCACAGCUGCUCUUGUGGACUUCCUCAAGCACUUCAAGUCGUCGUCGUCCGAGGCUGAAGAGCAACUCGAGGGCCUGACCCUCAACGGCAACGGCAACGGCAACGGCAACGACGACGAGUAUGACAUGGUCGACGAGUCAGACGAUCCAGCGCCGGGCUCGCAGCGCAGCCGGCCUUCGAAGAGCAAAUACAUGAACAUACUGCAGGACGUAGCGAACCGCGUGCGCAGCGAUGUUCUGAUCGACCUGAACGAUGUUGAGGCAUUCGAGAAGCUGGCUAUGCACGAAGACAGCAACUACAGGCUGGUUGAGUCAAUCGAGCGCAAUGCGCACCACUACCUCGAAAUCCUCUCGAGGGCCGUGGACAAAUGCCUGCCGCCGCCGACGAGAGAGAUCAACUUCAAGGACGACGUUCUGGACGUUAUCAUGACACAGCGAUCGAAGCGCAACGAGAGGAUACAGGAGCUGCAGGGAGUAGAGGACACCGCGCAAGCCGCGCCCGAGUCCAUCUUCCCCGCAGCGUUGACUCGGCGAUACACGCUCAACUUUGCACCCAGGAUAGCAUCAGGCUCCAGCAGCCAGCGCCCUAUCAAGGCCCUCGCCGUUCGAAACGUCAAGGGCGAGCACCUGGGUCAUCUCAUUACCGUCCGCGGUAUCGCGACCAGAGUGUCAGAUGUCAAGCCGGCGGUGUUGGUCAACGCCUACUCUUGCGACCGCUGCGGAAGCGAGGUUUUCCAGCCUGUCAGCACAAAGCAGUUCACCCCUUUGGUCGAAUGCCCAUCGGAAGACUGCAAGAACAACAAGACCAAGGGCCAGCUUUUCCUGUCCACUCGCGCUUCGAAAUUCCUCGCCUUCCAGGAAGUCAAGAUCCAGGAGAUGGCUGAUCAGGUGCCUGUUGGCCAUAUUCCUCGACAACUGACGAUCCACUGCCACGGUGCACUGGUCCGUAAGAUCAACCCUGGCGAUGUUGUUGACGUUGCUGGUAUCUUCCUCCCUACCCCGUACACUGGCUUCAAGGCUAUCCGCGCUGGACUCCUCACAGAUACAUACCUGGAGGCUCAAUUCGUGAUGCAGCACAAGAAGGCAUACGACGACAUGAUUCUUGCUCAGCCGACGUUGAAGAGGAUGAACGAGCUGGAAAGGACCGGCCAGCUGUACGAGUAUCUGUCACGUUCGAUUGCUCCCGAGAUUUUCGGCCAUGUUGAUGUGAAGAAGGCGCUUCUUCUGCAACUGAUCGGUGGUGUUACCAAGGAGGCCAAGGACGGUAUGCGUAUCCGUGGCGACAUCAACGUCUGCCUGAUGGGUGAUCCUGGUGUGGCCAAAUCGCAACUUUUGAAGUACAUCACCAAGGUGGCUCCUCGUGGUGUCUACACAACCGGUCGCGGUAGCAGUGGUGUUGGCUUGACUGCCGCUGUCAUGCGCGAUCCGGUUACAGACGAGAUGGUCCUUGAAGGCGGUGCUCUCGUCCUGGCUGACAACGGCAUGUGCUGUAUUGAUGAGUUUGACAAGAUGGAUGACAGCGACCGAACUGCCAUUCACGAAGUCAUGGAACAGCAAACGAUCUCCAUCAGCAAGGCUGGUAUCACUACCACCCUCAACGCUCGCACAUCGAUUCUCGCCGCCGCCAACCCUCUCUACGGCCGAUACAACCCUCGCAUCUCCCCCGUCGAGAACAUCAAUCUUCCCGCCGCGCUUUUGUCCCGUUUCGACGUACUUUUCCUUAUUCUUGAUACCCCUUCGCGAGACUCUGACGAGGAGCUAGCGCGUCACGUUGCUUAUGUCCACAUGCACAAUGCUCACCCGGAGGCUGCUGGGGGUGUUGUUUUCAGUCCUGCUGAGGUUCGACAAUGGGUUGCCCGCGCCCGCUCGUACCGACCCACUGUGCCCAAGGAGGUUUCGGACUACAUGGUCGGCGCGUACGUUCGCAUGCGUCAGCAACAGAAGCGCGAUGAGGGCUCGAAGAAGGCCUUCACUCACACAUCGCCUCGUACAUUGCUUGGUGUAUUGCGUCUGGCACAAGCUCUGGCCCGCCUACGGUUUGCCGAGGAAGUCAUAUCAGAGGACGUCGAUGAGGCGCUGCGUCUUACUGAAGUCAGCAAGGCCAGUCUGUACGCAGAUGAGAAGCGCAGGGACGACCAUACCCCCAGCAGCAAGAUCUAUCACCUCAUCAAGUCCAUGGAGGCAAGCGGAGCUGCAGCCGUCGGCGACGGCACACGAGGCGAAUUGGAUCUCCGCCGUGUCAGGGAACGAGUACUGGCCAAGGGCUUCACAGCGGACCAGUUCGAGCAGGCUAUCGACGAGUAUUCCAUGCUCGAUGUCUGGCAAACUACAGGCGAAGGCACACGACUCGUGUUUAUCGAGGCCGGGAACGAGGAUGAAGAUAUGGAUGCCGACAAUGAUUUCUGAGCGAUGUCAAAAGUGAAGAUAGUGGCAGGCAGUGGAGGGGGGGGUUUUUUUUUUUGGAUAAGGCGCACAACGGCG